GGGGCCGUGGAGGCGCGCUCGCGCGGGCGGGGGCGCGCUGGGGGGGCGGGGGCGCGCUCGCGCAACGGGGGCGCGCUCGGUUGACGCCGCCUACGUAGCCCGCGCUCGUCUCGCGCCGGAGCCCGGCGGCCGCAGCACUUCGCUCCCCAAGCUUCAAGCACCUUCGCCGGGCGGAGUGGACGCGGGCUCCGGGCUCCAGCGGCAGCGGCGGAGGGAGGCGGCGGCAUCGGCACUGCCCUCGGUCAUGGAGCGGGAGCAGCAGCAGCUGUCCCCUCAGCCUCAGCUCCAGCUCUGCGACAGCCUCAUGAUCUGGUUGCAGACAUUCAAUACUGCUGCCCCUUGUAAAAAUGUCCAGCAGUUAACAAAUGGUGUUGCUAUGGCACAAGUUCUUCAUCAGAUAGAUGUUGCUUGGUUUGAUGAUUCUUGGUUAAGCCGAAUCAAAGAAGAUGUUGGUGACAAUUGGAGAAUAAAGGCUAGUAAUCUGAAGAAAGUCCUUCAAGGAAUUACAAGGUAUUAUCAUGAGUUUUUAGGUCAACAGAUAUCUGAAGAACUAAUACCUGAUUUAAGUCAAAUAACAGAACACUCGGACCCUACAGAGCUCGGCAGGUUACUGCAGCUUAUUUUAGGCUGUGCGGUCAACUGUGAGAAGAAACAAGAGCACAUCCAGAACAUCAUGACCCUUGAAGAGUCGGUUCAGCACGUCGUGAUGACUGCUAUUCAGGAGUUAAUGAGUAAAGAGAUCGUGAGCUGCGCUCCCACCGACGCUGCUGGAGAGCUCGAGUACCAGCUUAAAAGAGCCUUGGAAGAACUCCAGGACGCACUAGCUGAGAAAGAGGAGCUGAAGCAGCGAUGCCAAGAGCUGGACAUGCAGGUGACGGCCCUUCAAGAUGAGAAGAACACGUUGGUGUCUGAGAAUGAGAUGAUGAAUGAAAAACUCGACCAGUUGGACGGUUCUCUGGAAGAUCCCAACACCGUGGUGGCGAAAAAGUAUUUUCAUGCACAGUUACAAGUAGAGCAGUUACAAGAAGAAAACUUUAGGCUGGAGGCGGCCAAAGAUGACUACCGGCUUCACUGUGAGGAGCUUGAGAAGCAGCUCCUUGAGUUUCAGCACCGCAAUGAUGAGCUGACGAGUCUGGCCGAGGAGACGAGAGCCCUGAAGGACGAGAUCGACGUUCUCAGGACGACCUCAGAUAAAGCAAGUAAACUCGAGUCCACUGUCGAGAUUUAUCGCCAAAAGCUGCAAGACCUGAAUGACCUGAGGCGGCAGGUGAAGUCGCUGCAGGACACGAACAUGAUGUACAUGCACAACACGGUCAGCCUGGAGGAGGAGCUCAAGAAGGCGAAUGCGGCCCGCACCCAGUUAGAAAUGUAUAAAAGGCAGGUUCAGGAUCUUCAUCUUAAGCUUUCUGAUGAAUCCAAAAGAGCCGACACGUUAGCCUUUGAGAUGAAACGCCUGGAGGAGAAGCACGAAGCGCUACUUAAGGAGAAAGAUAGACUGAUCGUGCAGCGCGAUGCUCUAAAAGAGACCAAUGAGGAACUCCGGUGUUCCCAGGUGCAGCAGGACCACCUGAGUCAGGCAGGUGGCUCUGUCUCAACAAGUUAUGAGAACCUGGCUGCUGAAAUUAUGCCUGUAGAGUAUAGAGAAGUGUUUAUUCGCCUUCAGCAUGAAAAUAAGAUGCUUCGAUUACAGCAGGAAGGGUGUGAGAAUGAGCGGAUCGCAGAGCUCCAGGAGCAGCUGGAACAGAAACAUCGGAAAACCAGCGAGAUGGAGACGGAGCAAAGGCUCAGCAAAGAGUACAUCCGGGGUUUGCAGCAGCAGAUCGAAGACCUUCAGAAGACGCUCCAAGAACAAGGCACCAAGGCCGAAGGGGAGAGUUCCAGCAAACUAAAGCAGCAGCUGGAGGCUCAUAUGGAAAAACUUACUGAGGUCCAGGAAGAAUUACAGAAAAAGCAAGAACUUAUUGAAGAUCUUCAGCCUGAUCUGACCCCAAAUGCGCAAAAGAUACACGACCUGGAAGCUGCCCUGCAGAAGAAGGAUGAGGACAUGAAGGCGAUGGAGGAGAGAUACAAAAUUUACCUAGAGAAAGCCAGAAAUGUAAUUAGAACCUUGGACCCCAAAUUAAACCCAGCAUCAGCUGAAAUAAUGCUCCUGCGUAAGCACCUGGCAGAGAAGGACAGACGGAUCGAGAUACUCGAGGGUGAAUGUAAGGUAGCAAAAUUCCGUGAUUAUGAAGAAAAACUCAUUGUGUCUGCCUGGUAUAAUAAGAGCCUCGCUUUCCAGAAACUGGGGAUGGAAUCCAGGCUGACGGGAGGCAACGGUUCCUGCAAUGACUCUGGCGCAUAUCCUCCUGCGCGCUCCUUCCUUGCGCAGCAGCGCCACAUCACCAAUACUAGAAGGAAUCUCUCUGUUAAAGUACCUGCUACAACAUCUGAUUAAACUGCGAAAGAGACCCAGACCCUUAAGUGCCCUUAACCUGCUUAUAGCUUCCGCUCCCCUUGUGGAUCAGAGCCGGCCGGGUGCCGUCGCUCAUCGAAAAGCAAAGUGAACGAAAGCUUUUUUUUCAGGUGAUGUCUGUAAGGCAGAGUAGCAGUGACGUCUGUCUUUCCAGAUGGCCGGGAAUGAGCAACUGACGUUGAUAGUGAGCACGUAUCUCAGAGAAUUCUAUUUAUCUUCCGAAUAUAAUGUUUAGAAUUACAAAUUGGUGAUGUCGAUUUAAACUCGAUUAACAAGGCAUCGCUGGAAAUUUAUAAUUUGAAAAAAGCCAGCUAUUUUUUAUCUUAUAGAUAAGAAUCACUGAGGUGAGCACACUGCACGAAAGUCUUGCUGGGGUGGGUCGGUGUGCUACUUUUGAUCUACAGACACUUGCUCAGUUUAAUCUUUCCCUUCCUGUCAUUAGAUGAGCGUAUUUUAGUAUUUACUGGAAGAUGAUUUCCCUGUCAACAAAAAUCAAGGGUUAGAAUAGCUUUUCUAUAAAUGCAAAUAAAGAAAUAGAAACAUUUUCAGAUACUUGAGAGGUCAGAACCUCUCUGGGCAGCUAUUACUAAAUGGGACCAUGCCUAGCAUUAGGCCCUGACCAGUUUCACUGAAAUCUUAGACAGGAAUUGAACUGGUUUUUUAAAGGUUAUGUUAUCUUUGGAAAUUAGAAUUUAGUGUGAUAUAUUCACAGAUGUUUUACAUCAGUUGACAAGGCAAAAUAAUUUAUUGCUUCUAAACAUUCCAGAAUUUCCAGAGCUGACUUGGAAAAAAGACAUCAUGAAACAGCGGAUCAUGUUGCCCCUUCGUUUAAAGAGGGCGUUUAUAUUAGGAAGCCACAUGAAAUACAUUUAAUUUGGUUUAUUCCUUAGGGAGCCACCUUGUGGUACUCAUUCACCAACGCCCAAAGUCAGAAAUGUAGUCUAGCCUCAAGUUUUGGACAAUCACUAUAGGAUGUAGUUGGAGAUAUGUGCUGAAUUGCUGGGCACUGUCAGACAGUCCACUCUAUCAUCUCAUGUCAGGCAGAGAGUUGUUCAAGACUGGUGUGGGCAGGUUACUACACACCCGAAGAUGAGUGAUUCCCAGUGAUUAAGGACCCCCCAACCCAAUUCUCUCUCCCAAGGGCUGUUCCAAGAACUCUCUUCUUGGUAUCUGUCAUGUGCUUAGUCUUUCCUUACAAAAUGUCGAGUGUUCUGUCUACAGUAUUAUCUGUUUAGACCUUUGGUUGAGGGACUGUCCCAGUAAGCUCCUCCAGUUGAUUGAAAGGAUGGAGUAGUAUAUUCUGAUUAGUCUGGUAGGGCUUGACUCCUCGUGAGCAAGCCUCGGGGUGUUUUGUUUGACCAGGACUGCCCACUUCUGGUGACUACCUCUCGGGUUUUGAUGAUUUGGACUAGUGCAAUGAUGUGGUUGGUUUAUAUUUUGUAUCUUUGUAAGCCCUGCUUGUCUGUGAUUUUAUUGAAAUAAGAAAGAAAAAGCCUUUAUAAAUAUUUAGCAUGCUGUGUAAAGUUUUCUAACUGUGAAAUUUCAGUUUGCCCUAGUAAGUAGAGAGGACUGUCACAUCAGUGUUUGGUACGUGUUUCUAAAUGAGAUUUUACAGAAGCAUAAAUUCACUUUUUAAUGGGAUUUAUUUUAAAGCAGCAGUUUCCCUCCUAGUUAGCCCUGCUAUUUUUCAAAAAAUCCCAGUCAGGUGCUACAUAGAAUUUUUCUGCCCUAGACGUACAGUAAUGGCACCACCAUUUCUGCACAAGGGGCGUGGUCAAGUUGCAUUUGGUCCUUUUAACAUGGGAAAAACAGCAAAACACCAACUCUUUGGGAGAUACAUCACUUCUGCAGUGAAUCUCCAGGAGUUGUAAAACUUGGAAGAGAAAUGCAUCUGUUUAGGAAGGGUAGAAGAAGAGAAUAAUAAGACGCAGAUGAUGUUCAAGGACUGACCAGACACGACUGCCUGGCCUGGUUAGUUUGAAAGAGAAGAUUAACACCCUGUGGGUGAUAAAGCAUUAGAAAUAAUUUCUCAUGAGCCAGGAUUGCUGUAUUUUUCUUUAAAAAGUUAUAUAUCCUUUGGUGGCUUGGGUGGAUUUGCCAUUGAGUAGAAAUGCACCACAUUUGUCCAUGUGAAAAGGAAGGGACUGUUCUAAUGGGGGUAUAAUGAGAAACCAGUUUAAGAUCAGUCCUUAAUUUAGAGUCUCUUUUAUGAGAUUUUUAUUUAUUUCUCUUUUUCAAAGUGUAGUGGUGUACAUACAUAUAUAUGUAAACAUAUAUGUAUGUGGAUAUAUACUGUGACUGAUGUUUAGUUUAUCUGAAAUUUAUUGAGAAUAUUGAGAAAUAUUUGAAUUUUACUCUAUUUUUCCAGUGAAUAAUUAAGGUAAUUGAACAUAUGAUUUAGUACAGAUAUAAAUUAUUCCUAUAGCUCUUAAGCUUUUGUCUGGAAACUGAAAUGGGGUCUCCCUCUCAUUUUCUGUUAUAUCACAUUUACUAUUAGUGGUAAAUUGAAUGAUAACAUUGAAUUCUUCUACAUCUAAUAGUCUACUUCUGUCUCCUUACAAAUACAUCUGAACCAGUGAAAAAUCAUCCCAGGAAGUGACUAGGAUCCAUGUUCCUCUCUCCUGUAUGUUUAUCCUCCUGGAUUUAGUCAGGAGCUUCUCAGUUUUUGGAAAGCAGUGUGCGUAUGAAUAUGUCUGCAUACCUUCUGGUGAAUUUUAUGUUUAAUCUCCAGUGGAAUUGUUUAUGGAAUCACGAAAUUCAUUUUUUAAAAAGGAAAACCACAGCUUAACUGGAAGCGGCAUCAUUUUGUGUAAGAUUUUCCCUGCCAGGCAUGUGAAGGCUCCUUCUCCUUCUCUGGGAAAGUUUUAUGUGGACCCCGUCUUAAAACACAAGAGAAGCAAUACUUGAUUUACUUUCCUAAGUAUCCAGGACCUCCUUUUGAAGUCAUGAUUGUCAGGUAGCCAAUGGACACAUGAUGAAACACUCCAUCAGGCCCUGGAUGCCUUUGGUGAUUUGGGCUCCAGUGGACCUGGCCAGCUUCGCAACGGAUUUAAGUCCACACAGCACCCGCUUUCACUUUCAACUGUGGAUGGACGAUCUCCCCAAUUGGUUUAGAAACAAGAUUGCACUACUUUUUAUUCUUUCCUGCUUUAAAAAUGUUCUUUUUAUAUUUACAUAAAGACUGAUGAAAGUGGC